CCUCUCCCUCUCUCUCUCUCUCUCUUAACCGGUUGGUUGCCAGCCGGUGUCCCGUGUCGUGCCCAGUCUUUAAUGUCAGGAAGCUAGCGGCGACAGCUAGAGACAAACAACAAAUUAUUCCUGCGCUAGAGUGACGCGCGCGGACGUGGGGCGAGGAAACAGCUGACAUCCGCUCGCUGGUGAGCACAAGUGGCAGCGGGGCCGCCGUGUGUCACUAGUGGAGCGGAGCGGAGCAGAGCAGGCGGCGGGAGCGGCAGCAGCAGCAGCAGCAGCAGCAGCAGCAUGAGCGGCACCCCGAUGCUGUGGGAACAACUACAGGCGGGCAGUUCCGAAGUGGACUGGUGCGAGGGCAACUACCUCAUCUACCCGAGCAUCGCCGAGUUUUACAACACGAUCAGCAACAUAUUAUUUUUCAUUUUGCCACCUCUGCUAAUAUGCUUAUUUCGUCAAUAUGCAAUACAUUUCAACAGUGGGAUUUAUCUCAUUUGGACCCUGCUGGUUGUGGUGGGUAUUGGUUCUGUUUACUUCCAUGCGACACUUAGCUUUUUGGGACAAAUGCUAGAUGAGCUGGCUAUUCUUUGGGUCUUGAUGUGUGCCAUUGGCAUGUGGUUCCCGAAGAGAUACUUGCCAAAGAUUUUCAGAAAAGACAGGAGCAGAUUUAAAGCGGCAAUCGCCAUUCUUUCAGGAAUAACAACCUGUCUUGCAUUUGUGAAACCAGUCAUCAACUCUAUCUCCUUGAUGACCCUGGGCAUUCCUUGUACGGUGUUGCUGAUUACAGAAUUGAAAAGGUGCGAAAACCUGCGUGUUUUCAAAUUGGGCCUAUUUUCUGGCUUGUGGUGGACGUUGGCACUCCUUUGCUGGGUCAGCGACAGGAUUUUCUGUGAGAUGUGGUCUUCUGUGAACUUCCCGUACUUGCAUUGUGCAUGGCAUAUCCUCAUCUGCUUGGCUUCCUACCUGGGUUGUGUCUGCUUCGCCUACUUUGAUGUCGUCACCGAAGCCCCCGAGCAGGGUCCUGUCAUUAAGUUUUGGCCAAGUGAGAAAUGGGCCUUCAUUGGAGUUCCAUAUGUUACUUUACUCUGUGCAAACAGGAAGUCUUCAGUUAAAGUGACAUAAAUACAGUCACGUGGUUAACUGGGGGUCUAGCUGAGGAAGAGACGUCAGAAUGCUAUUAUUUGGUUGUUUUUCUUUCUCAUUUGUACCGUUGGACAACCGUAAACUGAACUGUAUGUUGUAUAAUAUGUACUGACAUAUUUUUGCAGGUUAUCUUUCUUAAAAACAGUACUUUAUCUUGAAGGAAAUUAUUAAAUUAUAUAUUCAUGUAUAUUUUUAUACAGAUCAUUUAAUAUUCUAAGUAUCUAAACUCUUUGAAGAAUAGUCUUCUGUACAGGGGGCUGAGCACAUUUCCUUUGUAAUGCAGUUAGUUUGUCAUUCAUCUUUGCAACAAAUUGAAUGCCAGCAGAUAUUUGCAUUUUUACUCCACAAGAAUACUGCUACAGUAUAUUAUUGAAUAUACUAUAUGGUGCAUUGUUUUAUAUCUUUUAAAAUAAAAUUAUUUAUAAAGGUAUAUUUUUACCAUAAAAUGUUACAUUAUAUUGUCAGGAUAAAUGUUUACAAUUCUCCUCAUGUUAAAGGAAUACUUCACCAAAAAAUUAUAUUUUAUUUUUCUCUGUUACCCACCCUGGGCUGUUUAUAGUAAUGUUUAAGAAAAACGUUUAAUGUCAUGUUUUCGUCAAGAAUGGACAUAACACAUUUCCUAUACAAUGGGGGCCCAAGUUAAACUACUGUAGAAAAAAAUUAUCAAAUUUGGCUGAUGUCACAUUACACGAUAUCAAGUCAUGGGGUAUGUCAAACCUUUCCGACUUCACUUGCUGAUCUCGUCGCCAGACUGUGUCGAGUUACAUAACUGAAAAUGGCUGCGCAUGUCAAAUUACAUGACUGUAGGCCAUAUCUCCAGAACAGUCGUGCUCGCCCUGUUUGUGACUGCCAAUAAUAACGUGCUGUCUGACGGAGCCGAUACUAUAUGACGGGUUAACAGUUAUGGGGAGUUCAGCCACAAUCUCUGCCCUCCUCUUCUGUUUUCCAUUGUGUUGUGAUACUUAAAACACAAGACAUCAGAGAGACCAGCUUCUUUUCUGUUUUGUAAGGUCCAAAACAUCCACGUUACUUAAUCCUAAUCGCUGCAUUAUGUGCGUUGUACUAUCAGAUCAGCAUUGAUUGGUUGUCCGCUUUGAUGCACAUC